CUCGGUUGUCAAUCUAUCCUAGUGCGCUAAACAGAAUAUAGUCCAGGUCUGGUGAGCACUGAAGUUCCAAGAGUGUAUUAAGUCACUCACAUCCGUAGACGGUCGCAGGUUUCUAGUCUUUCAGUGUACAGCCGAUGCUGAAGGUCCGAGCUCGAAAACCUCUAGAAAGAGCCAAUUCGUAAGAAUUCUUGAGCUCAUGCUAGCAUUCAUUACAUAGUAGCGUAGCAUCAUAUUAUAGCCACAGGAAGCUCAGACGGACCGACAGACCCUGAGCGAGAGGAGAGUCCAGCUGCAGCGAUGGCACCAGAGGGUACCCGGGCGGACGAGGGAGAGGGUCAGCCCGGCUCGUCCAUGCACGGAGUGACAGGACAUGAGCCGUUCCCAUUCAUGGUGGAAACGGUAGCUGAGGAAGCGACGGAUUUGAAAGGGAGGAAGUUCUCGUUACCUGUGGAUUCAGAGCACAAGGCCAGGAAGCUUAAGCUGUAUUCGUUCGCUCCACCUCACAUGCUGACAUUUCACCUGUCGUGGAUAUCGUUCAUGACCUGCUUCUUCUCCACAUUCGCCCCCCCUCCGCUCAUGCCCGUCAUCCGCGACAAUUUGGGCCUCACGAAAAGCGAUAUUGCCAAUGCUGGAAUCGCUUCGGUCUCCGGCUCCAUCAUCUCUCGUCUCCUGAUGGGCACCAUAUGCGAUCUGGCCGGACCUCGAUAUGGGUGCGCCAUUCUCAUCAUGGUCACAGCUCCUGCAGUGUUCUGUAUGCCCCUCGUUUCCACCAUCAACGGAUUCAUCAUGGUGCGAUUCUUCAUCAGCUUCGCCCUGGCAACUUUCGUCUCGUGCCAGUUCUGGAUGAGCUCCAUGUUCAAUGGGCAGAUUGUGGGGCUGGCCAACGGGACGGCAGCUGGAUGGGGAAACAUGGGUGGAGGCAUCACGCAGCUCGUAAUGCCUUUGGUCUACGAUCUCAUUCAUAAGAAAUUCGGAUCAGAGAUCUUCACUGCAUGGCGUCUGGCUUUCUUCGUGCCAGGAUGCAUGCACGUGGUCAUGGGCUUGCUCGUCCUCGGUCUCGGACAAGAUCUUCCGGAUGGAAACUACGCAGCUCUCAAGAGGGCUGGAGACAAGGUCAACGAUACAUUCCUCAAGGUCCUGCAAUAUGGAGUCACGAACUAUCGCACAUGGAUCUUCACCAUCACUUACGGGUACUGCCUCGGGGUGGAGCUCACCGUGGACAACAUCAUCGCUGAAUAUUUCUACGAUCGUUUCGAUGUGAAUCUCCACAUUGCUGGAAUCAUAGCAUCGAGCUUCGGGCUGAUGAACUUCGUCGCACGUCCGGCCGGAGGAAUCAUCUCUGACUUGACCGGCCGGAGGUACGGGAUGAGGGGCAGGCUGUGGGUGCUGUGGGUCAUUCAGACUCUCGGAGGAGUGUUCUGCAUCGUGCUCGGCGUCACCCACAAGCUGACGGAGUCCAUUGUCGUGAUGUUGAUUUUCUCCGUCUUCGUGCAAGCGGCGUGUGGAGCUACGUUCGGAGUCAUUCCUUUCAUCUCCCGAAGAUCUCUGGGCAUCAUUUCGGGCUUCAUCGGAGCUGGUGGAAACGUCGGGUCCAUCUUGACUCAGGUGCUCUUCUUCUCGAGCUCCAAGUAUUCCACCGAAACAGGCAUCAUGCUCAUGGGAGUGAUGACCGUGGCCUGCACUGCGGUUCUCUUCCUCGUCUACUUCCCGCAGUGGGGCGGCAUGCUCUGGCCUCCCAGCAAGGCCACCGAAGAAGACUACUACGGCGGUGAGUGGAACGCGAGCGAGCAGGCCGACGGUCUCCAUCGCACCAGCCUGAAAUUCGCCGAAAAUUCCAAGUCCGAGAGAGGCACCACCGCGUUCUCCGGCCUGGCCCCUGCCCCCGUCAAGCCCAGCGUUUGAAUUGGAGGAGGGCCUCGUUAGGGAGUCCACUGUCGAGCUCCACGUUCUCUCCGAACUAAUCCUGACAUACGAAGCGGGAAAGAGAUCCAUAGCUACCAGUUGUAAAUACCGAGUCGAGCUCUUUCAGUGGACUUGCACAGUCGACCUCAAAGCGUUACCGCACCUUCGAGAACCACACAGGCUUAGUUCACAGCUGCAAAUCGAUCGCCGAAGCUCGCAGAUUUUGGCGAGUCAGUCUGUCAGAAAAUAGACGAACUUAGACAUGGAAACCCACUCGAAGCCUCCGAUUAGGAAUUCGAGGAGGGACCAUUUGACAGGGCGAGCUUUUGGCACGAGCUAACAUUUGACUGUAGGAAAUGCCUCUGUUCUAGUCCCAUGUGUCUCAGGACUUGUUGUCUCUCUCUCAUGGGGGUCUAGAUCUAGAAGAGUUGAGAGUUGGAAUUUUUGGCCUUCUUUAAUUUCGUGGUGUAAAUCCCAGUAUUCAUAAGCUCGGUGAGCCCGAUACUUUAGUAAUAAAACUGCGCAUCCCAUCUGGUCCAGUCCAGAUGGAGACACGACUU